AUGAUUGACAUGGCCCUCGACCACGGCUCCCUCGAGCACAUCCUCCCCGUUUCGUGGAAAUCCCAAAUAACGGCCUGGCUCGCUGAGGACACCCCUUCAUUCGACGUCGGCGGUUUUGUUGUCGGCGACGCGCCUCGCACCGCCACUCUCUGGGGCAAGUCACAGGGCAUCCUGGCCGGCGUGCCCUUUUUCGACGAAACCCACGGCGGAAAGAAGGCUUUGGCGACGGUGAGCGGACCCGCGCGCGGCCUGCUAGAGGGCGAGCGUGUGGCCCUCAACAUCCUGGCCCGCUGCUCCGGCGUGGCCACACAGAGCCGGCACCUGCUGGUGAACCUGCGCAGUGCCGGAUACAAGGGCAUCGUGGCGGGUACUAGGAAGACCACGCCCGGAUUCCGCCUUGUCGAGAAGUACGGCAUGCUCGUCGGAGGAGCCGACACCCACCGCAUGGAUCUCAGCACGAUGACCAUGCUCAAGGACAACCAUGUGUGGAGCCGCGGCAGCAUUACCGAGGCUGUCAAGGCGGCCAAGGCGGCCGGUGGCUUCAGCCUUAAGAUCGAGGUUGAGGUGCAGAGUGAGGAGGAGGCCGACGAGGCGAUUGCUGCUGGUGCCGACAUCAUCAUGCUGGACAACUUCACUGGUGAGGGUGUCAAGGUGGCGGCUCGCAGCCUGAAGGAGAGGUGGGCCGGCAAGAAGCAGUUCUUGCUUGAGGUUUCCGGUGGUUUGACUGCCGACAACGCUGAGUCCUACAUUUGCCACGAUAUCGACAUCCUUUCGACAAGCUCCAUCCACCAAGGUGUGCCGCACGUUGACUUCUCGCUCAAGAUCAACGUUGACAAGGGCAGCGGCCCCGAGGUUUCGAGCUGA